AAGAAGAAGAAGAAGAAGACGAAGAAGAAGUAUAAACUGUACGCAAAAAUGGCGUCCGAUGUGACCAGCGGUGUUUCAGAAAACAAACGAAAGUUAGAGGAGGAUGAAGACGAAUGGGUUGGCCCUCUGCCCAGCGAGGCUACACAAACAAAGAAGAAGAAAGUUCUUGAGUACGAAAGAGUUUAUUUGGACAAUUUGCCCUCAGCCGCCAUGUAUGAAAGAAGUUACAUGCACAGAGAUGUUAUAACACACAUUGUUUGUACCAAAACAGAUUUUAUCAUCACAGCGAGUCAAGACGGCCACGUGAAGUUUUGGAAGAAGAAGGAAGAUGAGGGAAUAGAGUUUGUAAAGCAUUUCCGUAGUCACUUGGGUCAGGUCGAGUGCAUUUCUGCGAGUGCUGAGGGUGCACUUUGCUGUUCUGUGGGAGAUGAUCGGGCUAUGAAAGUUUUUGAUGUGGUCAACUUUGACAUGAUCAACAUGCUUAAACUUGGCUUCCAUCCGGGCCAGUGUGAGUGGAUUUAUAAUCCAGGCGAUGCCAUUUCCACAGUCGCCUGUUCCGAGAAAUCAACAGGGAAGAUUUUCGUGUACGAUGGUCGUGGAGGUAAUCAGCCCCUGCACACGUUUGACAAGAUGCACAACGCACCGUUGUCUCAAAUCCGUCUGAAUCCAAAGUAUCGCGUCAUCGUCUCGGCCGAUAAAGCAGGCAUGUUGGAAUACUGGACGGGGCUCCCGAGUGAAUUCAAAUUUCCACGACAGGUGCAAUGGGAGUUUAAGACGGACACGGACUUGUAUGAGUUUGCCAAAUGCCAAACAUAUCCAACCAGCCUGGCCUUUUCUCAAGACGGCAAGAAAAUGGCCACAAUCGCUGUUGACCGGAAAGUGAGGAUUUUCCGUUUCCUGACUGGGAGGUUGAUGAGAGUGUUCGAUGAAUCUUUAACGAUGUUCACAGAGCUCCAGCAGAUGAGGCAGCAGUUGCCUGAUAUGGAGUUUGGGCGCAGAAUGGCUGUAGAGCGAGAACUUGAAAAGGUGGACGGAAUCAGACUGACCAGCAUCAUCUUUGAUGAGACCGGACACUUUGUGCUUUACGGCACUAUGCUGGGCAUCAAGGUCAUAAAUGUGGAAACUAACAGGUGUGUGAGGAUCCUGGGGAAACAGGAGAACAUUCGUGUGGUGCAGCUGAGUCUGUUUCAAGGCGUAGCUAAGACCAUGAAGGCAGCUCCAACCAUUGAGAUGAAAGCCUCGGACAACCCAGCCUUGCAGAACUACGAUUCAGACCCAACCAUCUUCUGCACGGCCUUCAAGAAGAAUCGCUUUUACAUGUUCACAAAGAGAGAGCCGGAGGACACCAAGAGCGCCGAAUCAGACCGUGAUAUCUUUAACGAGAAACCUUCUAAAGAGGAAGUGAUGGCGGCCACGCAAGCAGAAGGGCCGAAAAGGGUGUCAGACAGUGCCAUCAUUCACACCACCAUGGGCGACAUACAUAUCAAACUCUUUCCUGUGGAGUGUCCCAAAACGGUGGAGAACUUCUGCGUUCACAGCAGGAACGGCUACUACAACGGCCACAUAUUUCAUCGUGUCAUCAAGGGCUUCAUGAUCCAGACCGGUGACCCGACGGGCACAGGCAUGGGUGGAGAAAGCAUCUGGGGUGGAGAGUUUGAAGAUGAAUUUCAUGCCACACUGAGACACGAUAGACCCUACACCCUCAGUAUGGCCAACGGAGGCCCAGGAACCAAUGGAUCACAGUUCUUCAUUACUGUUGUCCCAACUCCCUGGUUGGACAACAAGCACACUGUUUUUGGAAGGACCGCUAAAGGUAUGGAGGUGGUUCAGAGGAUCUCAAAUGUUAAAGUCAACCCCAAGACUGACAAGCCAUACGAAGACAUCAGUAUCAUAAACAUCACAGUCAAAUAAAAAUUCCAAUCUUCUGAUUUUGUAAAAAAAUAAAGUACCUUUUUUUUAAAAAA